GUUUCUUGUUGGUCAUCUUCCCAGACCCACCUGCAGCAGCAUCUGCUUCUGCUAAUAAAACUUACUCGUCAUAAACUCAGUUCUUACAUUCUAUUCAUUAAGGACAAUGGCACCUGUCGCUUCUACCAACGGAGUAACGGCCGAUGGCCAACAAAUCGACAACGGUUUGUUCCAUGCUUCCACUUCGGCUGCUCCCUUGGAUGCUUCAAAAGCAAUCGCUCAUUUGGCUACCUACAAGCAUGGCGAUGGUUUGUCCAUGUCUGAAUUGGUUGACUCACGCUCAAACGGUGGAUUGACAUAUACCGACUUCAUCGUCUUGCCUGGUUAUAUCGACUUCCCUGCAUCAAAGGUAUCUUUGCAAACUAAGGUUACACGCAAUGUAACCCUCAACACUCCUUUCAUCUCUUCUCCAAUGGACACAGUCACUGAGACCGAGAUGGCUAUUGCCAUGGCAUUACUGGGAGGUAUCGGUGUCAUUCACAACAACAUGAGCGCCACUGAUCAAGCCUCAAUGGUUCGCAAAGUCAAGAAGUUCGAAAAUGGUUUCAUCACUGAACCUCUUUGCUUGAGUGACAAAGAGACUGUCGGAGAUGUUUUGGAGAUCAAGCAACGUCUUGGAUUCGGUGGUAUUCCUAUCACUGAUACCGGUGCCAUCAAUGGUAAAUUGCUUGGUAUCGUCACCGCUCGCGACGUCCAAUUCCGUGAUCCAUCAACUCCUUUGAACCAAGUCAUGACUCAAGAUUUGGUUACAGCAAGGAAGGGCGUCACACUUGAAGAAGCCAACAAGAUUCUUCGUGAUAGCAAGAAGGGUAAAUUGCCCAUCGUUGAUGAACAAGGCCGCCUAGUCUCUUUGUUGGCUCGCUCUGAUUUGCUCAAGAAUCAAAACUUCCCUUUGGCCAGCAAGCGUCCUGACAGCAAGCAAUUGUACUGCGCUGCUGCAGUUGGUACUCGUGAAUCAGACCGCGAACGUUUGGCUCUUUUGGUCGAAGCUGGUUUGGACAUCGUCAUUCUUGAUAGCAGCCAAGGAAACUCUAGCUACCAAAUCGACAUGAUUAAAUGGAUCAAAUCUACUUUCCCUCAAAUCGAUGUCAUUGCCGGUAAUGUGGUCACCCGUGAACAAGCUGCUAACUUGAUCGCAGCAGGUGCUGAUGGCUUGCGUAUCGGUAUGGGAAGUGGUUCGAUCUGCACAACCCAAGAAGUUAUGGCUGUUGGUCGUCCUCAAGGUACAGCUGUUCAUGCUGUUGCUGAAUUUGCUUCUCAAUUCGGUGUCCCAGUCAUUGCUGAUGGUGGUAUUGGUAAUAUUGGACACAUUGCCAAAGCUAUGUGCCUCGGUGCAUCUGCUGUUAUGAUGGGAGGUUUAUUAGCCGGUACAAGUGAAACACCUGGUGAAUACUUUUACCGUGAAGGUAAACGUUUGAAGGGCUACCGUGGUAUGGGUAGUAUUGAUGCUAUGGAACAUCAAAAGAAGGGUAAAGUUGCCGGUGCAACUGGAGCAGGAGCAGCAAAGGCAUCCAAAUUCGAGGCUAGCGUUGAAAAUGCUGCCACUCAACGAUACUUCUCCGAAGCAGAUGCAGUCAAGGUCGCUCAAGGUGUCUCAGGUGCCGUUCAAGAUCGUGGAAGUGUUCAUAGCUUUGUUCCUUACCUUUACACUGGAUUGCGUCACAGUUUGCAAGAUAUGGGUGUUCAAGAUUUGACUGCAUUGCGUGAAGCAGUCGGUUUGGGCAAAUUACGUUUCGAGAAACGUUCAGCUGCUGCUAUCACUGAAGGUGGUGUUCAUGGCUUGGCCUCGUAUGAAAAGAAGUUGUUCACUGCUAGCUAAGCGUCAAAAAGUUACCGUCUACCUGUUUGCUAGCAUCUGUUGCUCUAUGUAUAUUUAAAUCAAAAGCACAAUGAAUUAUUUGCUAAAAGUGAUCUGGAUGGAUUGUUUUUCGAUAAUUCAUAUCUUAGAUCAGAGCGGAUCUCGUACGAAAAGGUUACAUAAUCUUGUCCUCGAUCGUUUAAAAGAUGCCUUUUCCCUUGCUGAUGCCGACGUAUGAUGUAUCACGCCGUGCAGUCCAUUUGUUCUUCGCCAUGCCCAAAUUUAGCGCAAUGAUGGGAAUGCAAUCCGCGCUAAAGCUUAAAAGCGGGAUAUGAUUUAGUGCGUGGUGAAGUUGAAGAAAUGUUUGUGUAAAGACU